UAACUGAACAUGCCCAUUGCGGAAUGAUAAUAUGAUCGACGAGAUUGAUAUGUUGCUUACAUGUCUGUAUAUUGUUGAAGUUUUUUGUAGAAGAUGAUUAUUAAGAAAAUAGCUAUUAGAUGACCUUGGAUAUGAUAUAGAAAGAUUGCUUGAAGAAUUCAUAUCAAUGGCGUCAAAUUUCAUUCCUAUGCUGUCUUCAAGCCCUCCUCCACUGGAUGAUUGUCCAGAUAAUGAUGAUGACGAUGAUGAAUUUGGCACUUUUACUUCUGCUAACAUUCCAUUUGAUUCCUCAUUUGAUAGUCCAGUCGCUGGAGAGAAGUACAAACCUUUCAAGGCUGGAGCUAAUGGCAUUAACGAUAUAAGUUUAAAUAAUGAUCUAAAUACAUUUUGUUCUUAUUCUGAUUCUCAACCUCAACCAAACUCAAAAUACACUCUUAGUUUUUCAUCUCAGACCCAAAAUAAGUGCAAGAAAAACUCCAGUUUAACUGAAGGUGAUGACAAUGUUCUUCCUGAUCAAUUUGAAAAACACUCUUCUUCCUUAGAAGACAUUCCAAGCAAAAUUAACUCUUCUGCUAGUCAAAAUUGUGUGCCAGAUAGUGUACAUACAUUAAAUGAUGAUUCAGAAAACUCAUAUGAUUUGCGUGAAGAUAGCAAUUGGCAUGAAAAAAAUGAAUUGUCCACUUGCUCAAAAGAGGAAACUCUAAAAAUUGAAUCAGAAUCCCUUGAUUCAAGCAAUUUUAACUGUGAUGCUGAUAAAAUUAAGAAACCACUUUUUGUGCCUCCUUAUGAUGAUGAAUUUGAGGAAACAGAUAACUCAAAUGAAAUGCAUACUGCACAUAAUGAAACUUUUCAAAGUAGUGAUAUAGAAGAAUGUCAAGAAUCAUUGCCUGUUGUAAAUACUUCUAAGUGUGUCAUACAGAGAUCAAACGACGUACAAAGUAAAGUAGAAGAAAUUUCUAGUUCUAUUCCUCAAGAUAAUUCUAUUUCUAAAAAUCAGGACUCAGAAUUUUCAACAGAUCUUCCUCACAGUGAUGAAUUUGAUGAUUUCCAGACAGCAAAUCUUGUAAGUAGUUCUACAGAAAAAUGCUCUGAUAUAAAAAGGGAAUCUUUUGAGGAAGAAGAUGAAAAUCCUGUGACUUUUGAAGCUGAUUUUGCUGACUUUCAAUCCAGCAAAAAUUAUCAUUCUGAAGAUAGUAAGUUCGAAAAAUUUCAGUCUGAUGAAAAAUGUAGUCAUUCUGCAGGUGAUGAAUUUGGUGAUUUUGGAAGUUUUCAAACUAAUGAAGACUGCCAUAACUCUGAGGCAGACGAGUUUGAUGAUUUCCAAAGUUGUGACAAAAAGGUUGGUGUUAGUUCAUCUUUGAAUGAAGAUGAGCAUGCUGGUACGUGCAGUAGUCAUGAUAAUAGCAAAUUUCCAAGUUUGAAAGAGCCUGUAGUCCUAGAUGAUGAUUUUGAUGAAGAAUUUGAUGAUUUCCAAGCAUGUCCUGAUAUUGCUGCUCCUGUGGAGCAGGGAUUUGCUAAUUUUGAGACUCAGCCUUUUGAUCAGAAAGAAGAGUCAGAAUUUGCAGAUUUUGAAAGUGCAUCUUUUAAUUCAGCAUCUAGUGAAACAUUCCAAAGUUCUGUUCAUCCUUCCAUGAAUGUUCCUAAUCAGGAAAAAAAUGUGGACAAGCUGUCAACAGUGACAAGUACCAUUUUUCCCCUGAAAGAGGAAGAAUCAAACGCUACUGAUGCCUCAUAUGAUCCUGCAUCAGAAAUUUUAGAACAGUGCAAUAAAAGUCGCAGAUUGUGGGAGAAAUUACAUGAAGUUGAACAGACGCCUGCUUUACGUUUUCAGUGGGGAGUUUCCCAUUCUUUUCAGCAACUUCUGCGUUCUGUGAAUGUAGACUAUCACAGUAUUUUGCGCACGUCGUCCGUCCCAAUUUUCGCUUCAAGUCUAAGUCUUCUAGAACCGAUCAAGGGUCAAGCAAACUCAGCUAGCCAAGAAUCAGAUGAUAAAAUACAGAGCCCAAAAGAUCCAAUACCACCUGUAGAGUUUGAUUGGAACAGCAGUGGACUAGUGAACCCACUAGACUCUGGCCAAGCUGCUUCAAUGCUUAUGGAUCUCUCAUUCUUAUCUUCUUCUGAAUCUGUCACCUCAUCAUCCAUUGGAAAUAAUAGUUUUGAAAAUGAACUUUUGAAACCUAGUCCUGUUCCUGCAUGUUCGGAGAGUAGCAAUACAAAUUUCAUUCUUGAAGAACUGCUUUCUAAAAAUGUAUGCUCCAUUCCAAAUUCCAAAAUAACCCACCGGCAACUUAAUUUAAGUGAAGAAGCAAAGAAUGUCUUGGACCAAUUGCCUGAUUUAUCAUUUAUGCGAGCAAAGGUUCUGAUGUUUCCUAUAUCUAGCAAAACCUGAUAAAUUAUGUAAAUAAUUAUAUAGGGUACAUGUGAAAUAUGUUUAUAAUGUAUAUGGUUGUGUGUCAUGUAUAGAGAUGUAUUGUAUCUGAAUUAUAUAAUUUAGUAUUAUAUCUGAGUCUAUAUUGAAUUCUAAUUAUAGUCUCAACAAAAUCAAAUUAACUCAUCUGCAUUUGUACAAUAUUAUUGUUAUGUGAUUUUCUGAUGAGAAAUUAUUUUAAAUAUAUUGUUUUAAUUCAGUUGGGUUUUAAUGAAAUUUUUUAACUUACAAAGGAUAUCAACAAAAAUAUUCGACAUUUUUCUCUUAUUGAGAAUUGUUUUGUAUUUGCAUGAUGAUUGUUGAAGAUUUAAAUGUUUUCUGCAUUCUGUAUUUUUGAACCAAUAUUAUACAGCUGUAAAUUUGUUAACAUUUUACUUAAUUAGUUUUUUAAGGGUAUUACAAUAAUUUUUGAAAUGAAGUUGUUUGAAAGUAAAAAGUAACAUUUAAUAAUAUGAAUACAAUAAUAUGAAGCAAUUUUUUCAUUUUGACUUUUUAUAAAUGAAACUCUUCUAAUAUCUUUCAUUGCUUACUGUAGUGUUUAAUUUAGGAAUCUCAAGAAUUGAAACCACGUGUUUUGUUUAUUUAAUUUUAAUAAGGAAGGCUUAUAAUUAUUUUUCUCUUAUGUUCUUCUCUUAUUGUUUUCCUCUUAUGUAAUAUUUUUAUAACUGUGAAAAACAAAUUAUUUUACAAAAGUACUUUCUACAGGCUGUCAUUAUAAAGUUUAUUGUCUAUUGAAAAAUAGGAAUGAUUGGCAUUACAUUGGCUUAAAUUGAUUAUUUAACUGAUGUUUUUCCUAUUAUCUUUAAUUAAGUCUUGCAUCAUCUUGUAAAAUAAACUUUUUUUUUAUUGAUUGAAAGAUAAGUAAAGGGUUCAUUUGUACUUAUUAUUCAUUGAACCAGUAUUUGUUUUUAUUCCUCUCUUUUGUUAGAGGUUUAAGUAACUGUAAAAUCAAGAAUAGUUAUUUAAAAUUAUCUUGUUGAAUAAAAAACUGGAAUUUGUAAAUAAUUUUAAUUGUUUUAGCUUCGCUAAAUGAUCAGAAAAAUAAGAAUUUUAAUGGGGAGAAUUGAAAAUUUUCUCUCUUGUAUUCUCUGUUGAUGAUGUUAAUAGAUUAUACUUUGUAAGGAAAUUUUCUACUAAUUUAUUGGAUAGGAAAGAUGGGUAAAUAGCUUUAAAUAAAAGUAUGCCCUACUGAUAAUUAAAACGAGCUUUGCACUUUUAUACACAUGACUUAAACUAAACAGUUUCCAAUAAAUAAAUAAUAAUAAACAUUUCUUCCCGAAAUCACAUACUUUCAUACUUAAGAAUGAAAAGCAGUGAAUUAAAAUUAGAUUAUUAUACAAAUAGCAAAAAUAAAAGAGUCAAAUAUGGAGUACCACCUUAACAAAACUAUAUCCAUAUAAAAUUUUUAAUGAUAUUAGCAAAUUUAUGAUAAGUGCAUGUAAUAAGAAAAUAUACUGAGUAGUUGUGUAAUGUUUUUGAAGAUUUAAGAAUUUGACAAUGGAAGAUAUUUUCAUGAAAAUAAUUUGAGAACAUAUAUCACUUAUUUAUUAAUACAUCCUGUCUUUCUGACCACUUCUCUCCCUCUCUCUCUCUCUCUUUUGUUUGUUUGUUUAACUCUUUAUAUUUCAAUGGUACUUAAAAGUAUCUUUUAAAUAAUGUUGCUAUCUUUGUAAUAUGACUGUUUUUUCUGACUGUAUUCAAAAGUGUAUGAUGAGCUUCAACAGUAAGCAGUAAAUAUAAACUAAAGAAAGAAGUUAAAAAUCUGUAAUUGAACUCUUUUAAUUAAUUUAAAAAGUUUUUUACUCUUUCCUUGGUUUAUUCUGCACCAAAUUUUAAUUAAUGAUACAAAAAUAAUAUUGAAGAAUUCAUGGUAACAUAAUUUGGUGAACAAAAGUUUUAAUUUUGCUGUUAUCUAAUCCUUAUUCAUUGACAACUCUGCUCAUCUGAAUGUAGAAAUUAUUUGAUCAUUCACAUUAAAUAUUGGAAUUUUCAUUUAAUUUAUUAACUGAAUUGUUGUUGUUGAUGAUGAUUAUGAUGAUGGAAUUCAUGAAAAUUAAUUUUGACGUUAUAUUUUCUGCAAUAUUGUGGGUGAAAAUUUUUAUCUUCAUUGAUAUUACAGUGUUAUUAUUACACGCUUAUAGAACACAAUCGAGCUCAUUAUAGUAGUUUUCCUGUUACAAAAUGUUAAAUAAUUAUAUUUUUGUGAUAUUUAGACAAUCUAUAUUUUUAAAAUAUGAUUUUAGUGAUAAACAACUUAGAAUCUGUUUAAUGUGAAAUAAGGUAGAGAUUCACGAUUUCUUUUGAACUUUUGUUAUCAAAUUCCAAGUUGUUGUUUACUAUAAUUUUUUUUUCUUUGCUUCAUGUUUGUGUGUACAACCUUGUUACUGUUUCGUUUCUCAUUACUGUGUUUAACCUUUCCAUUUAUAUUGGCAACAAUUGUAAUUUUUUUUUUUUUUGCAUUGGUUCAUUUAUGAGUGUAAAUUUAAUACAGUUAUUAAUUUAACAAAUAUGUUUGCUUGUUUAAUUUGGUUGUUAAAAAUGUCAUUUAUAUUUAAAUAUAAUUUUUUUAUUAAGAUUAAAUGAUAAUUCAAGUGAUUUUAAUGUUUUGGAAUAUUUUGACAAAAUAAAAAUUUAAAAAAUAUGUAUUCUCACCUUUCUUAAAUGCUUGAGUUUUAUUUUACUAUAAAAUAAUAAUAAUAAAUUGGGAUAGUAUUGUUCAAAGUUUGUUAACUUAAAUUUUAGAAAUUUAGAUUCAACGAAAAAAUGUUAAUAUGUGAAAAUAAUGAUUCCAAAUCUUAAGAUAAACAAAUAUUUAUUGGCAUUGUCUUAUAUUUUAUUAGAGAAAUUUAUUACUAAAUAGAUGAAUUGGUACACAAUCAUCAUGAAAAUUUAACUCUAUUCAUAAUUUUUUUUGUGUAAUAUAUCUGUGGAAUUUGUCCUCCCCAUUUCCCCCUUUUUUUGUUGUACAAAACCAUGUGUUAUAUAUCCCACUUCAUUAUAUGUUAUCCGAUUUUAAAUUUAAGUAUCUAAAAACAUAUGUGAUGAUGCAAGACUUCCACGUAUUUGCUUAUACAUUUGAGAAAAUACUUUUGAUAUACUUUUAAUUUAUUUCUCAAGUUUAGUAUUAAAAUCCAACGUUUUUGAAGUGGUUAUGUUUCUUUUUAAGUAUUAAACAGAUUAUUUAUUCUUAAAUAUUUAAUGCAUAUGUCAUGUUAUUUAUAAUUCUAAAAUUGCUGCUUUGUGCUAAAAUAAUUAUGCUUUUUUGCUUUAAAAAUUUCUGUCUGUGUGUGAAAUCAUACAAAUAAUAUAAAUAAAUGUACAUCUAUGCAUGUUUAUGUAUAUUUUAAAUUUGCAUAAAUGUAUAUAUUUUUUUAUUUUUUCAAAUGAAGAUUUGUUGGAAAAGUAUUUAUUUAGAAAUGAAAAGGAAAUAAUUUAAGUGUGUUUACUUAUGAUGAGCUUUUAUGUAUACUUGUUAUAAAAAAAGAACUAUUCUUUUUAUUCAAAAGAUUCUGUUCCAUACUUGCGUUAAAGAA